CGUUGCAGCGCACUUAAGUCCUGCAGCGUGUCCUCUCCCCUCCACUCUCAGGCUGCAGGGGACCAUCAGUCACCAUGUCCGACCGAGGAACCUUCGACACAAACGUGGUCACCGUGACCCGGUUCGUCAUGGAGGAGGGGCGGAAGGCGAAAGGCACGGGGGAGCUGACGACGCUGCUGAACUCCCUGUGCACGGCGGUGAAGGCCAUCUCCAGCGCCGUGCGCAAAGCCGGCAUCGCCCACCUUUACGGCAUCGCAGGCAGCACCAACGUGACGGGUGACCAGGUGAAGAAGCUGGAUAUUCUGUCCAAUGAUCUGAUCAUCAACAUGAUCAAGUCGUCUUUUACCUCCUGCGUGCUGGUGUCCGAAGAGAACGACAAAGUUAUCAUCGUCGAGCCGGAAACGAGGGGCAAAUACAUCGUGUGCUUUGAUCCUCUGGACGGCUCCUCCAACAUCGACUGCCUCGUCUCCAUCGGUACCAUCUUCGCCAUCUACAAAAAGAACACAGAUGAUGAGCCGUGCGAGAAGGACGCCCUGCAGCCCGGCAGAAAGCUGGUGGCGGCAGGCUACGCCCUCUACGGCAGCGCCACCAUGAUUGUGCUCUCCACCGGCCACGGAGUCAACGGCUUCAUGCUCGACCCAGCACUUGGCGAAUUUAUCCUGGUUGACCGUGACGUGAAGAUCAAUAAGCGAGGCAAGAUUUACAGCUUGAAUGAAGGAUACGCAAAACACUUUGACCCCGCCGUCACAGAAUACCUGCAGAAGAAGAAGUUCCCUCAGGACGGCAGUGAACCGUACGGCGCCCGCUACAUUGGCUCCAUGGUGGCAGACGUUCACAGGACGCUGAUGUACGGAGGCAUCUUUUUAUACCCAGGAAAUGUGAAGAGCCCCGAGGGAAAGCUGCGGCUGCUGUACGAAGGCAACCCAAUGGCCUUCAUCAUGGAGCAGGCGGGUGGCAUGGCCUCCACCGGCUUCGAGAACAUCCUGGACAUCCAGCCCAAGAGCAUCCACCAGCGCUCUCCUGUGGCCAUGGGCUCCCCGGAGGACGUGCUGGAGUACAUCGCCAUCUGUAAGAAACACGGCAAGAAGUGAGACCACACCGACUCGCUCUAAUAACCAUCGCUGGCCGGCGUAAAAACACAAAAAAAACCUUGUAUCUCCAAACUGUCUGCCCUUGCAGGUACUGAGAAAGUUGACCUUUUUAAUUUAAGCUUAAUGUAAAUGUAUUUUUUUGGAUGAUGUGUUACUGAGUUUGAAAAGGCCAAACACAAGUCAGGACAUUGGAGUUACAAGGUUUUCAUGCAAUACCAGCAGUGUUCAUGUUCUAUUUAUGGAGAGCUGACGGAUAAUAGAAAUGUGAAAACUGUGGUUCAGAAGCUCAAACACACAUAAACGCACACAUGCCACACAAAAGCUACGGAAGACCAAAAAAAUUUGCCAAAAAAUAAAGACGAAUGCACCUCAAUAAAAUAAAAAACCCAGCUGUGCCUUAAGUAGAAUAAAUACACAUUCCAGACAUGUGAAGGACCAAAUACAAACUCUAUGCAAGCGACCUGACGCCUUUGUUAUGUGAACAACUACUGUUUGAAAUGAAGCCUCAAUAAAUCCAAGUGAGUCUGACGA